AUGGAUAUUGCCAGACCAGUUGGUUCUGAGAUCACGCAUGUUGAUUUUGGUAUUCUUUCUGCCGACGAAAUCAGAAAAUUGUCGGCAAAGCAAAUCACAAAUCCAACUGUUUUCGAUAAUCUAGGACAUCCAGUCUCUGGUGGGUUAUAUGAUCCGGCUUUAGGUGCUUUUCUUAAAAACAUAUGUUCGACAUGUGGGUUGGGUGAUAUCUAUUGUCCUGGACAUCAGGGUCAUAUUGAAUUACCUGUUCCCGUCUACAACCCGUUAUUUUUCAAUCAGUUGUACUUAUUCCUAAGAAUUUCUUGUCUCUACUGUAAUCAUUUCAAAUUGCAUUCAAAUGAAGUGCACAAAUUCGAAUGCAAACUGAAACUUCUGCAAUAUGGUUUGAUUCUUGAAGCUAGUGAAAUUGAUAAAAUUAGAGUCGAUUUAGGUGAGCUUGAUGAUAAUGUCGAGAAAAACCAAAAUGAAUUGGAUAAAGAAGAAUCUGAAAAUCUAUCGGUUAGUAGUUCCAGGUACUUACGUGAAAAAAGAGAGCUUUUUGUUUUUGAAUCCAUCAAAAACGCAAUUGCUGAUGGUAGAACCACUAAAUCAGGUGUUUUCACUGCAACAGUUGGUGAAGCAAGAAAAGAGCUGAUUACUAAUUUCUAUGCAAAGAUCUUAACGAAAAAGAAGUGUGAAAAUUGUGGGUUAUUCUCUUCGAGUUUCCGUAAAGAUGGUUUCUCCAAAAUCUUUGAGAAUGCAUUGAAGGACAAGGAAGCAACCAACAAUAGAAUCAAACUAGGAUCAAUGAAAAACAAAAAGGCUUUCCUUCAUCACCCACCAAAAACUGGCUCUAAAUACGUCCUAUCUACUGAAGUCAGAACUCUGAUGAGGGCUUUGUGGAACACCGAAUCUGAAAUGAUCAAAUAUUUGUUCCAUGCAAAACCUUUAUCAGCCCAAAAGUUAACUGCUGACAUGUUUUUCAUUCAUGCUUUAGUUGUCCCAGCUACAAGAUUUAGACUCCCUUCAAAAUUAGGUGAUGAAAUUCAUGAAAACUCACAAAAUGAGUUGUUAACUAAAGUUCUAAAUACAUGUCUACUCAUCAGGGAUUUGAAUGACCAAUUUUCCAAUAUCACCAAAGAUAUUACAAUUGAAGAAAAGAAGAUUAUUUUUAACAGAUUGAUGAAUUCUUUUGUCACUCUGCAAAAUGAUGUCAAUGGUUUUAUUGAUUCUUCUAAGAACCAAAAUGCAAGCACCACCAAUCCCACUCCUGGUGUGAAGCAGGCUUUAGAAAAGAAAGAAGGUUUGUUUAGAAAACACAUGAUGGGUAAAAGAGUCAACUAUGCUGCAAGAUCUGUUAUUUCUCCUGAUCCAAAUUUGGAAACCAACGAAAUUGGUGUGCCUCCUGUUUUUGCAGUAAAAUUGACUUAUCCAGAACCGGUCACUGCUUACAACGUUUCUGAACUAAGACAAGCUGUUAUUAACGGUCCUGAUAAGUGGCCGGGAGCAACUCAGGUCCAAAAUGAAGAUGGCACUUUAAUCUCUUUGAUUGGUAUGUCUCUUGAACAAAGAAAAUCGAUUGCUUCCCAAUUAAUGACUCCUUCUUCGGGCUAUAAUGUUCUCAACAAAAAGGUGUACAGACACAUCAAAAAUAAUGAUGUUGUUCUAAUGAACCGUCAACCAACCUUACAUAAGGCCUCUAUGAUGGGUCACAAGGUGAGAGUUUUACCAGGUGAGAAGACAUUGAGAUUGCACUACGCCAAUACAGGUGCUUAUAACGCAGAUUUUGAUGGUGAUGAAAUGAACAUGCACUUCCCACAAAAUGAAAACGCUAGAGCGGAAGCUUUCAAUUUGGCAAAUACUGACUCUCAAUAUCUAACUCCAACUUCAGGUUCUCCUGUUAGAGGUUUAAUUCAAGAUCACAUUUCUGCGGGUGUUUGGUUAACUAAUAAGGAUACUUUCUUUACGAGAGAGAAGUUUCAAGAAUUGAUCUAUUCAUGUAUCCGUCCUGAAGAAGGACAUUCAGCAUCUGCCAAGAUUAUUACAUUACCACCAACAAUUUUCAAACCAGUUCCAUUAUGGACUGGUAAACAAGUUAUCUCUACUAUCUUGCUGAAUAUCAAGCCACUUGAUACCCCUGGUAUUAAUCUAAAAUCGUCUAAUAAGAUUAAAAAUGAGUAUUGGGGUCAUGGUUCUAAAGAAAAUGAGGUUAUAUUCAAAAACGGUGAGUUAUUAUCCGGUAUAUUGGACAAAUCACAAUAUGGUGCAUCUAAAUACGGUAUUAUUCAUUCGUUACAUGAAGUUUAUGGUCCAGAUGUAGCAGGUAAAGCGCUAUCUGUUCUUGGUAGAUUGUUUACGACCUAUAUCAUGAUGAUUGGUUUCACCUGUGGUAUGGAUGACUUGAGGUUAACUGCAGAAGGUAAUAAAUGGAGAAAUGAAAUCUUGGCAGAUUCCGUGGAUACUGGUAGAAUCGCAGCAACUGAGGUCACCAAUUUAGAUCACACUACCAAAGUCAAUGACCCAGAAUUCAAAAAGAGGUUGGAAGAAAUUCUCAGAGACGACAACAAACUGGCCAUCCUUGAUGCUGUUACAAUGUCUAAGGUUAAUGCAAUCACCUCGAAAGUUGUCUCCACUUGUGUUCCAGGUGGUACUGAAAAGAAAUUCCCUUAUAACUCUAUGCAAGCUAUGGCAUUAUCUGGUGCAAAAGGUUCCAACGUUAAUGUCUCCCAAAUUAUGUGUUUGUUGGGUCAGCAAGCAUUGGAAGGUAGGAGGGUUCCUGUGAUGGUGUCCGGUAAAACUUUGCCAUGUUUUAAGCCUUUCGAAACCGAUGCAAGAGCAGGCGGUUAUAUUAAGAACCGUUUCUACUCUGGUAUUAGGCCACAAGAAUAUUACUUCCAUUGUAUGGCGGGUAGAGAAGGUUUGAUUGAUACUGCCGUUAAAACUGCUAACUCAGGUUAUCUACAAAGAUGUUUAACCAAACAGCUGGAAGGUGCCACUAUCAAUUAUGAUAAUACCGUUAGAAACUCCGAUGGUACCAUGAUCCAGUUUAUGUACGGUGGUGAUGCCGUUGAUGUCACUAAAGAAUCACACUUGUAUGAAUUCAAGUUCUUCGCUGAUAACUAUAAUUCAUUAUUACAACGUUAUUCACCUUCAAAGGUUGACAAUCUUGAUGCGGAAACAGCUAUUUCAUAUAACAAAAAAGCUAAGAAGUUCGCUAAGAAACAAGGUAAUGUUCCUCACUUUGCGGAAUCUGAUAAAUAUGAUCCAACUAUUUCUGUCUACAAUCCGGCAAGGUACUUAGGCUCAGUCUCAGAUAAGUUUGAAGAAAAGCUUGAAAACUUUAUCGACCAAAACCCACAAUUAUUUGUUUCCUCGAAAGAAGCUAAAAAUACAGGCGGUUUGACGUCCAAGAAAUUCAAAGCUUUAAUGCAAUUGAAGUAUAUGAGAUCUUUGAUUAAUCCAGGUGAGGCUGUUGGUAUUAUUGCAUCACAGUCUGUUGGUGAACCAUCCACGCAAAUGACUUUGAAUACUUUCCAUUUUGCAGGUCACGGUGCAGCUAAUGUCACAUUGGGUAUUCCUCGUUUAAGAGAAAUUGUCAUGACAGCUUCUGCGUCUAUCAAAACCCCGCAAAUGACUUUGCCUAUUUUGGAUGAUGUUGAUGACGAAUCAGCAGAUGCUUUCUGUAAAUCUAUUACUAAGAUUAGGUUUUCUGAAUUCAUCGAUGACGUUACAGUUGUCGAAACUACAGCCGAUGUUUCUGCAGGUAUUAAUGCUACCAGAUCUUAUGAAAUCAAGAUCAAAUUCUUUGACUGUAAGGACUAUCAAGAAGAGUAUGAUGUUACUAAAGAAGAGUUGGAAAAUACCGUUAGGCGUCAAUUUAUCUACCAAUUAGAAGCUGUCAUUAGUAAAGAAGUUAGGAAACAGAAACUCAAGGUUGCUGUGGACAUGCCUGAUAUUGGUGUUGCAGUUGCUAAAACUAAGGCUACAUCUAAUGUUACCAGUGAUGAAGGCACUGAUGAACAAAACAGAACUAAACAGGCUGUAUCCUAUGAUGGACCUGAUGAGGAGGAAUUAGAAACAAUGAGAGAAGCUGAAAAGAGUGACGAUGAUCUGAUUGAUGGUUCCGCAUCGGAGUCCAGUGAUGACGAUUCAUCCGAAGAUGAAGAAGAUGAAGAUAACAAAAUGGAUGUCGACGAAAAGGAAGAAACAAUGGAAAAGAAGAGUUUAUCCAAGCUAUCUAAGGCAAGACAACAUGAAGUUAUUGUUGGUCACACAUUUGUUACCGAAUAUGAUUUUGAUGACGAAAAUGGUUCAUGGUGUAACUUUAAGCUUGAAUUAUCAGCCGAAACGCAAAAGUUACUUAUGGUUAACAUUGUUGAAGAUGUCUGUAAGAAAUGUGUUGUAAGAGAAGUCCCUAACAUUGGACGUUGUUUGAGACCAUCUUCCGAUGAUGAUAAUAGACACUUAGUUACUGAAGGUGUUAACUUCCAGGCCAUGUGGGAACACGAUUCUUUUAUUAAUGUGAACAAUAUCAGAGCGAACGACAUUGCUGCUGUUCUUAAGGUUUAUGGUGUUGAAGCUGCAAGAAACACCAUUGUCAAUGAAAUCCAACGUGUUUUUGGUACCUAUGCUAUUUCUGUUUCUUCCAGGCAUUUGGACUUAAUUGCUGAUUACAUGACUAGAGAAGGUACCUACUUGGCGUUUAACAGACAAGGUAUCGAUUCAUGUACUUCUUCUUUUAUGAAAAUGUCUUACGAAACGACAUGCCAGUUCUUGACUAAGGCUGUUUUGAAUUCUGAUAGAGAAGACCUUAAAUCACCAUCUGCAAGAAUUGUUAUGGGUAAGCUCAAUUUUGCAGGUACUGGUUCCUUUGACCUUAUGGCCAAGAUGCCAGAUGCCUAA